CUCCCGGAAGCUGGGGUGGGGGUGGGACUGUGCAAGACGGAAGGUGGAGCUCUAGGACGGGGCACCACCCAGAAGGGGGUGGGGCCAUGAUGGUUACCAGUAGUGUCCGCUGCGGGAAGGGCGGGGUCUCGGUGUUGACGAGAGAGUGGGCGGGAUGGGCCGGGGCUUCUGGAAGCCCUAAGGUCUCGGUCUAGUUUCCCACAGGUACUCCUUUCUCCCUGGCCCUCCAUGGCUCCCCGGGGCUGGGGCUGUUGGCGCUGGGCAGCGCAGCCGCGGGCCCGCCUGCUUUCUCCUGCUGCUGCCCCUCUCGGUUUCCGCCAACUGCUCUCUACAGUAGAGCUGGUCCCUCACAUCUGUGUGGUGGGCAGUGGUCCAGCUGGUUUUUAUACUGCCCAACACCUACUAAAGCACCAUCCUCAAGCUCGAGUGGACAUCUAUGAGAAGCAGGUGGUGCCCUUUGGUUUAGUCCGCUUUGGAGUGGCUCCUGAUCAUCCAGAAGUGAAGAAUGUUAUCAACACGUUUACCCAGACUGCCCACUCCACUCGAUGUGCCUUCAGAGGCAAUGUGACUGUGGGCAGAGAUGUAUCCGUGUCAGAGCUUCGGGAUGCCUACCAUGCUGUUGUGUUGAGCUAUGGGGCAGAGGAUCACCGGACCCUGGGCAUUCCAGGUGAGGAACUUCCCGGUGUACUCUCUGCCAGGGCUUUUGUGGGCUGGUACAACGGGUUACCUGAGAACCAUAAGCUGACACCUAACCUGAACUGUGAUACGGCAUUGAUUCUGGGACAAGGGAAUGUGGCUCUGGAUGUGGCCCGGAUUCUGCUGACCCCAAUAGAGCUCCUAGAGAAAACAGACAUCACUGCAGACGCGCUGAGGGUGCUGAGACAGAGCCAAGUAAAAAGAGUGUGGAUCGUGGGACGCAGGGGACCCCUGCAGGUGGCCUUUACCAUCAAGGAACUCCGAGAAAUGAUUCACCUACCUAGAAGCCAGGCCCUUUUGGAUCCUGCAGAUUUCGAAGGCCUGGAAGACUUGAUCAAAGAGGCCCCCCGUCCAAGGAAGCGGCUAACAGAGCUUCUGGUACAAACAGCUCUAAAGCCACCAAAGGGUGAGAAGGCUGAUGGGAAAGCUGAGGCCCCUCGAGCCUGGGGCCUCCGAUUCUUACGAAGUCCCCUGAAAGUGCUGCCCUCUCCAGAUGGAGGUCGAGUUGCUGGGAUCCGUCUGGCUGUCAUGAAACUGGAGGGCUCGGGUGAAAAUGCUCAAGCAGUGCCCACAGGGGCAGUAGAGGAUGUACCCUGUGGACUGGUGCUGAGCAGUGUUGGUUACAAAAGCCUUCCAAUUGACCCCACUGUGCCCUUUGAUCCCAAGCUUGGAAUUAUCCCCAACAGGAAUGGUCGAGUGUCGGGGGCACCAGGGCUGUACUGCAGUGGCUGGGUUAAGAGAGGUCCCUCAGGUGUCAUCGCCACCACCAUGAAUGACGGAUUCCUCACUGGCCAGGUCCUGCUCCAAGACCUUGAGGAGGGAGUGCUACCCAUUGGCCCCAAGCCGGGCUACUCCAGCAUAGAGCCCCUACUCAAAAAUCGAGGAGUCCAGCCUGUCUCCUUUGAGGACUGGGAGAAGCUGGAUGCAGAAGAGGUGGCUCAGGGCCAGGCAGCUGGGAAGCCUCGGGAAAAACUGGUGGAUCCUCAACAGAUGCUGCAGCUGAUAGGACACUGACUCUUCAGCUCUGGCCCAGGCCCCAAAAUGUGGCCUGAGUGAUGCAAGAAUGUGACCUGACCUGGGCUGGGCCAGAGAAGGGGCAAGGAAGGACAAAGGACAGUCUGCCCUUGAGCCCUGUCCUUGCUGCCUCCCUCCUUCCACUCCUUUUUCUCAGGGGUCCCCAUUGCCUCCAGUCCCCACCCCCCAACUGCUUUUUGUUUUUAGCAUCUUCUGUUUCAGUCUCUAGCAUUUGGAUCACUUGGGAAGGAGUGUGGGGAGGGACAGUUCCGGGUCUGUCUGCAUCCCCAGCAGCCUCAGCUUCCAUCUGGGUUCUACCCCAGACAUUCUUCUGCCCACUUUCAUCCCAACCCAUCCUUCAUCUGACUGGCCUGGGCAGUGGGAGGAGGCUCAGGUGUCAGGAACCAAGGUGGAAGAAGAGGAAUAAAGGUGGAAAUAAAGAACUUUGUGAGAUGUU